CUUUUAGCUGGUUACAGUCUGUUCAUCGUAGUUGAAUUUUAUUUAUCUUAGUCCCUGGUAUUGGUUGAUUUAUUUAUGUGAACCGUUAGGGGGUCGCUUGGAUUUGGAGAGGAAGCUCUGCAAUCUCUUCCAGGAAAUGUUGGAUCUCAGGAUGUGAGUGAUGUUCUGGCAGCUUUAGACUACGUUAGCGAAAGAGGACUAAUUGAUGGAUCUAGAGUAGCUGUACUCGGAGGUUCCCAUGGUGGAUUCCUUGCAACUCAUCUUGUUGGCCAGGCUCCAGAUAGGUUUGUUGCGGCAGCCGUCCGAAAUCCAGUCUGCAACCUUUCGCUAAUGGUCGGCACCUCGGAUAUUCCUGAUUGGUGCUAUGUAGAGGCCUACGGAAAAGAGGGCAAAGAAUUAUUUUCAGAGGCUCCUUCAGCUGCACAUCUUCGUCACUUGUAUUCGAAGUCUCCCAUUUCACAUCUCUCCAAGGUUAAGACACCUAUCCUUUUCCUCUUGAGCGCAAAAGAUCUUCGGGUUCCAGUUUCCAAUGGUUUACAGUAUGCAAGGGCUUUGAGAGAGAGAAAAGUUGAAGUUAAAGUCAUAGUAUUUCCUGAUGAUGUUCAUGCAAUAGAAAGACCACAAUCAGACUUCGAAAGCUAUCUCAACAUUGGAGUGUGGUUCAAUAAAUAUUGCAAGCGUCCAUAAAGUCUGAAGAAAUAUUCAGCUUCUUUGAUAUGUCAAAAAAUGAAGAAAAAAUAUUGUAUUCUUACUAUUUUCUACGGAUAAAUCUUUGCUAA